AUGACACAGAGACGAUCUACCUUAGAACAGAAUCCACUGACAUUACAUUCAAGAUAUCAAAUUGCUAAGAGUAGUAAAGAGACGAUCUCACAGCCAUGUCCGAGUCCUGCAACGUUGCUAAGCUGUAACCUUGGAUCAAAGUUGUCUAUGAUGAGUCCAGUAGCAAUUCGAAUACGUCCGUCAUUGAGAAAAGUCCUGAAACGACUGAAGGUUGCAGAUUGUUCGAACCACGUUGUCACGUCGUUUGAGGACGUGCAAACUAUUCGAUGGCUUGGUGCAGGCGUUUCGGCGGAAGUGUUUAAGGUUCGAGACCCCAAAAGUGGCGAACUUUUUGCCAUUAAAAAGUCGAAACAAGAGCUACGAAACAAACAAGAACGACACCUUCUAACACAAGAAAUCAAUGUGUUAGAAAAGUUAGUCGCGUCGCGGCAUAACUUUGAUCACAUUGUGCGGUAUUUUCAAGCUUGGCAAGAAGAUGGUUUCUUCUUUUUGCAGAUGGAAUUGUGCGAAGGUGGUACGCUGCAGGAUUUUAUGACAAAGCGAAAUCAAGACACAGUUCCAGAACAGUGCUUGUGGGCGAUUAUCAGAGAUGUUGCAACAGGGUUGAAAGUCCUUCAUGAACACGACAUUGUUCAUCUCGACAUCAAACCUGACAACAUCUUUAUUACCGAAGAUGGGAAACUGAAGAUUGGUGAUUUUGGAAUGGCGGGAAAAAUAGUGACAUCGACGAAAUCGUUGAGUCAAAUAGGAGACCUUGAAGGGGAUGCGAACUAUAUUGCAAAGGAGCUGCUUUCAAGUGCUGCCCGACUGCCAUCAGCGGACAUAUUCUGCUUAGGCAUUAUGAUACUAGAAAUCGCUACUGGAAUGACUUUACCCGAAGGUGGCCAGCAGUGGCAUGAGUUGCGAGAGGGCAAGUUGCCUCCCUUAUCUUCAAGCUACACUGAGAAACUUGACACGAUGAUUCGACAGAUGAUGCAUCCUGAUGCAACAGAAAGACCGAGUGCAGCGGAUAUUCUGAAGCAAUCUACCAAGCAGACUGAUAACGGACCCACCACGCUCAUUCUUGAGCACGCUCUCGAGCAAAAGUUGAUCGUAUCUACUAGAUUGCGCAAUACGAAACAAUCAGCAAGAAAUAUUAUCCAUACUCCUCGUAAGACGCGUCUCUCAGAGCUCUCUCUUCUUGUAUGGCCACCACCAAGAGGUUCAGUAUCUCUUUUUUUCUUACGCAACAACAACAUGAAAUUCAACUCGACUGUAUCCUCAUCCCGCCGUAAAAGCCGUAAGGCUCACUUUGGUGCUCACUCGACUCAACGUCGUGUGCUAAUGAGUGCACCUUUGUCCAAGGAAUUGCAGAACAAGUAUAAUGUUCGUAGUCUACCGAUCCGUAAGGAAGAUGAAGUCAUGAUUGUACGUGGGUCGCAAAAGUCUCGUGAGGGUCGUGUGACUGCCGUCUACCGCAAAAAGUUUGUCAUUCACGUCGAGCGUGUGGUGCGCGAAAAGGCUAAUGGUGCCUCGGUGCCCAUUGGUAUUGACGCCUCGAAGGUGAUCAUUACAAAGCUUAAGCUUGACAAGGACCGUAAAAAGAUCUUGGAGCGCAAGAACCGUGCUGUGAGCGAGACGGAGAAGGGAAAAUUCACGGAGCAGGAUGUUGCGAUGGCUACGGUCGAUUAA